UAGGAACCUGUGCUAGCGAAACUCAUCUGACCCUUGUUGCUCACCUUCUCAAGCUCUGCACGAUUUGGGCUUGGGGAGCCAUGGAAUUUGGACACCCGCAACACCAGAUGCAACACGACGUGGUCUCGGGCGAGCAGUACCGCUAUGCUUUGACUAACUUCCGUAUAGCUCACGAGAAGGUCGAGGAGCAGAGGCGGCAGCUGGAAGAGCAAGAAAAACAGGUUGCACUGCUACGAGCACGCAUUGCUACUCUAGAAGGGAGCAGUAAUCUUGGGCAAGAUCCUGCUACUAGGACGCGACAAGGAGGAAGCUCUGUUGACGACUUCUCAAUCAAGAACUCCGCGUCGAAACUGGAGCGACUCAUCAACCGCUGGGCUGCGGAUAUCGUCCGGGCGCCUCCAGCACCCAUAGACCAAAUCCGCGAUCUCAUACUGUCCGACUUGUCCCAAGGCGAAGCACCUCCUGCGACUGCCUCAGCUACGCCCAUGCAAGUGCAAAACCUAUUACGGCAUGUCAUGUCGGAGGCGAUCUCAGAAGGCAUAAUAAAUUGCCUCAUCGUAACAGAUUCAAGUGAAGCCAACAUCCAGCUAACUCGCAUCCAUGAACACCUUUUCGCCAAGGACCCAACGGUUGCCAGCGUAUGGCGCCGCCAAACGUUCUCUGCAGCGGUUGAAGCCUGUUCACCUCAAAUGCUUCUCAACAUUUUCAGCGAGCAGAUGCCCACCCUCGCAGAGUUGCUGUGCACAAAUCCCUCGCUUACAGCGGCAUUCUUACCCGUCCUCGAAGCGGGCUACCAAUUCUCCAGGAUGCUGCACGGCUCAAACUCGAGCGCCGGAGGGACGGUGGACGCAUUCUACCGCUCCUUCGUCCCUGAGAUUGGCAGCCCGCUCUACCCUCGACAAAUUGAACUCAUUAAGAGAUGCUUGAAGAGCGAAAGCGGGCAGCCGGACCGUGUCGGUGCGACCAUCUUCCCUGGCUUGGUCAAAGUGAAUCGCGGUCCGAUGACACCUGGUGGCAAGCAAACAGAAAACGUGCAGACAGUGGUGAGAAGAGCGCAAGUAGUGUGUGAAUGUGCUCUAGCAGCGGCAGCUGUGAACGGUACACCAACAAGCGGGACGCCCAUAUCCCGCUAG